AUGGAACUGAAACGAAACAGCAGGAUUCUCGACGAUGUUUUAACUGCCAACGUACCGGACAUUUUGCUAGAGACUGCCGCGCCCCAAAAGGACAACGUCAGGCACCAAGAGAACAGCGUCGAUACCAACCUCCAGGAAAUAUGUAAAGUGCUAGCCCCAGAAAUUGUAAGAGGCGAAGACUACGGUUUUUCAGUAGAUUGGUGGGCUUUAGGUGUUUUAUUGUAUGAAAUGUUAGCUGGUAGAUCACCAUUUGACAUAGCGGGAGCCUCAGAAAAUCCUGAUCAAAACACUGAAGAUUACCUGUUCCAAGUUAUCCUAGAAAAAACUAUCCGUAUUCCGCGAUCCCUCAGUGUGAAAGCCGCAAAUGUUUUGAAAGGUUUUUUGAACAAGAACCCAGCAGAUAGAUUAGGGUGUCACAGUACGGAUUUCUUUAUUGAUAUAACUAGGCAUCAGUUUUUCAAGUGCAUUGAUUGGGAUGCGCUGGAGCAAAAACAGGUACCGCCCCCUUACAAGCCCCGUUUGGAUUCGGACAGGGAUCUGGCUAACUUCCCUCCAGAGUUUACAGAUGAACCAGUACAUCUUACUCCAGAUGAUCCAAGAGUAGUUCAGUGCAGUACUUAUGGAUGUAGAAUAUAG